GGCAACUUUAACAGAAGAUUCAAGACCUUUCCUCCAGAGAGAGGCUCUUUUCCCUUGGACCACGAUGGUGAAUGCACCGAUCAGAUGCAGAAGUAUUUGAAGUGUUUGCAGUUGGUGAAGGGAAACAAUGCUCCAAACUGUCGAUUGCUUGCCAAAAGCUAUCUUGGUUGCAGAAUGGACAAUAAACUAAUGGAUUCAACUUCCUGGGACUUGCUUGGUUUGCCUGACGACGAUAAGAACAAA